AUGGAUUAAAAUAAAAGCAUUCCAGAAGAGAGGUAUUAGUUAGAGAUCUUUGUGAAAGCCAAAAAUCUGAAAGAUAUGGACACCUUCUCAAAAAGUGAUCCUUUCUGUCGACUUUUACAUACAAUUUAAGGGGAAAAGGAAAAGUGUGAAGGAGAUACCGAGUUUUUGAAGAAUAAUCUGAACCCUUGUUGGGAAAAGAGCUUUGUCAUUGAUUACAUCUUUGAGUUGAACUAGAAGCUGGUGUUUUAGGUUUGGGACAAGAACUAAUCAGCUGGAUCUGAGGAUACUGAGAUGGGACAAGUUGAGACAACAGUAGCAGAUAUUGUGGGAGCAAAGGACAUGAAGUGUGAAUUUGAAUUGAAGGAUAAGAAAGGCAAGUCCGUUGGUACUUUGGUAGUAAAUAUUGACAAACAGCCAGAGGAUAAUCAAUUUUUGUAGUUGACUUGGAUAGGAAAAGAUUUGAUGAAUACAGAUGGCUUCUUUGGCAAGAGUGAUCCAUUCCUUAAAUUCUUUAAGAAAGUUGGAGAUGAUUGGCUGCCCGUUCAUAAAACAGAGAUGAUAAAGGAUAAUUUAAAUCCUGAAUGGAAGCCAUUUUAAAUAUCUUUUAGAAGAUUAUGCGGAGGCAAAUUGGAAGAGAAGUUCAAGGUUGAAUGUUGGGAUGUUCAUGAAAAGGGUACAAAUAAUCAAUACAUGGGGCAUUUUGAAACUUCAAUCCAUGAAUUAAUCAAUGAUAAUAAAAGUGAAUUCAAUUUGGAAUUUCAAGCCAAUAAGUCUGGAGGCAAGAUCAUUUUGAAGGAGAAGAAAGUCACAAAGAGACCUACAUUUAUGGACUUCUUGAGAGAUGGAGAAUAGAUCAAUUUAAUCAUAGGAGUAGAUUAUACAGCUUAGAAUGGUAAUCCCAAUUUCCCAGAUUCAUUACAUGCUUUCAAGACUUAAAAUGGAAAUCAAUAUGAAACUGCCAUUAGAGCAUGUGCAUAAAUCUUGUUGAAUUACGAUUAUGAUAAGAAAGUGGCAAUGUAUGGAUUUGGCGCUGUUCCUCAUCUGCCAAAUUACAAUGUUAAUGAAACUGAACAAUGUUUCCCAUUAACAGGCGACUUUUAAAAACCUGAGGUCUAUGGUUUGGAAGGACUGGUAAAUUUAUACAAAUAGACUCUACCCAAUUUACAGUUCUCUGGACCUGGUUGUCUCGGGGAACUUUUGAAUUACUCUAAGCAAAUAGCUGAAUUUAAUGCUAAAAAGAAGAUUUACACUGUUCUCUUAAUAUUGACAUGUGGAUAAAUACACGAUUUACAUCAAACUACAGAAAUUAUAUCUUAAUGUGCCAAUGUUCCAAUAUCAAUUAUUUUGGUAGGAGUAGGAGAUUUUGAUUUCAAAAAGCUUGAAUUCUUAGAUCAAGAUUAGAAGCAAUUACAAAAGGAAGUCUUGACAAGGAAUGUUGUUUAAUUUGUUCCAUUUGCUCCUUUUUCUCAUAGUUUACCUAUUUUACAAAGGGAAUUGCUUGCAGAACUUCCUCAUCAAUUGACAAACUAUAAAUCCCUUUUAGGUUUAGUACCAAGCAAAUGAUCAAAAAUGUAUCAUUAUAAA